GAUGAUAUAGUUGAUCGAAUUGAUUGCUUACAACACACAGUGAACAACAAUUCAUGCUGUAAUAUAACGUUUUUAUUAUCUUGUUAAUUAUCUUUAGAAGAAAAAGUGGAUUUUUUUUAAGCGAGCCUUAUCAUUUAUAUAUAUUUUUUAUAUAAAAUAGAAAAGCUUAUCUGUACAAAAAAUUAAAAAAAAGAAGGUAAAUAUGAAAAGUAACAAGGACAAGAGAAAUUGAAUUUAAAAGAAACUUUUUAGCUGUUUGAAAACGGAAAGAUCUAAUUUAGUUUAAAAGAGUUCAAGUUUUUUAAAAUAAAUUAUUAGUUAUUUUUAUUUGAGAAAUAUUUAGAGAAUAAUAUAAUUAUGAUUAAAUAAAAAUCAUAUCUAUAAUGAUCACAAAAGCCAGAAAAGUAUUAUUUAUUUUGUUUAUUAAAUUAUUUUACAUGUAUUAUAUUUAAUAAUAAAAAAUGUUCUUUAAUGUAAGAUAAAAUGAACUAAAACGAAUUGCUAAUUUAAAUUUAAUGAAAAUUGAAUUUUAGACUAUAGAAGCUAUAAGUUGAACUUUAAUUUCGCGACGAUUUUUUAAAUUAUUUUCUCUACAGGCAUUCCUAUAAUUGGAGUUUUCAGAUUUCAAAUCGUUAAGCGAAUUCUUUAUUCUUAAUUUCUUUUUUUUCGUGCUUGUUUUAACAAGCGCAGACGGGAAAUCGUAUUUCGGCGCAUAAAGUCAUAUUUCAUAGUUCGUAUCAUUUUGUACUAACCUAACCUCUUUUCUGUUCCAUGCUGUGAUGUGUGAUCAAGCUGCGAACAAGACGUGUACAAUUUUGAUUUGUUAAAGCGCAAUACUGUGUCUCAAGAAGAUAAAUCCAUAACAGAAGAAAGCAGAGAAUCCUGAUUUUUUUUUUUAAUAAUAGUUAUCAUUUGCGUGUUAAAAAUUUGUAAAUAAUAGAAUCAUAUAUAAAAGUGAGGUUAAGAUUUUAAAGAUGGUUAAAGCCAGCAAACAGAACCUGGCGAAAAGCUUUAAAACGCUAUGGGUUCGCUUCGAUGCGGACAGUUCGGACCAGCACCAGCUGUUUUUCAAGGAACACUCCGUAAGAAAUCAGGAGCCGGAGUAUCCCAGGAAUCAGACUCUUUUUGUAUUAAACGUACCGCCGUAUGCAACCACCGAUUGCCUGAAACAUGCAUUUACUGAUCUCUGCGGGAGCGUACGGUCCGUUACGUUUACAAGUGCGAAAGGAUUCAAAACUGCAUAUAUCGUUUUUAAAAAAGAGUCUUCUUUGGAUAAGGCAAUGGAACUUUCGAAAGAUUGUGUUAUCACAUUAAACGGUACCAAAAAUCUGUGCCUCACAGGACUGGAAAAAUGGUGUAAAGAAUAUAAUGAUACGAUAUGUGACGAGGAACUAAUGAAAAAAGACAUUGAGAAAUGCAUAGCUUCAUAUGAAAAGCAAGUAAACUCUCGUGUUGCAAAAGAGAAAGCUGUGAAAGAGAAUGAUGAAGGUUGGGUGACAGUAACAGGUGGAAAGAAAAGAGGACAAUUUGCACCAACUAGAAAGGAAUCUACCAUUAACAAGGUGCAACAAAAAGAGGAGCAGCGCAAGAAGAAGAAGGAAUUACUUAAUUUCUAUACCUUUCAAAUUCGCGAAACAAAAAAGCAGAGUUUAGCAGAAUUGCGAAAGAAGUUCGAACUGGACAAAAAAAGACUGCAGGAAUUGAAACAAAAACGGACAUUUAAGCCAUUUUAGGUAUGUUAAAUACUGUAAAUAAUAUUAGGAUAUAAUUGUAAAAUUAUUAAAAAAGUAUUGUCAGAAUUAUUUAAUUUUUUAGUAGAACAAAUGUACAAGUGCCUAAUGACAGUAUUUUUUUAUGUACAAAUAACUUAGAAUAUCGAUCGAAUAGACUAUAUUAUCGUCGUUA